CAGUCCUAAAUUAACGCCUUUAAAAGUGAUUGUUUGUCAGUCCUGAACCCAAAGAGAUUUAAUUUACUAUCACAGACGACCGGAAAAAAAACCACCACAUGUGAUCCAAACUUUCAAAUCACAUUAUUCACAUCAGAGUUAAACCUCAGUCUCAGAAACUGUUUGAAUCUCAGUGAGGAUGUUGAAGUUCAGCUCUUCCAGCUGAGGAGGGACUGAAAUGUCUCUCCUCCAUAUUAUCUUCACCAGAUCACCGGAGCUACCUUUUGUUGACAGGCUCAUCGUGUCUGUCUCAUCCAAACCUGGCAACUACGACCCUCACGGUGACGUACGUAACGUGGCCGGUGGGCGGGGCCAGAGAGUGACCGUUGGUACGAGUCGGACCGCGAAGAUGUUUGAAAGAAUCAAACCGUCAGUCAUCUGGAAAAGGAAAAGGAAGAAGGUUGAGGAGGCAGAACAACAAGAACAAGUGCUUUCUGAAGUGCAGAAGAUGAGUGAUCGUGUGGAGGAAGAGGAGGACGGAGCAGAGUCUGCAGUCUCCAGCUGUCUGUCUCUGAAGAGUGACCAGUCCAAAGAUUUACCUCUAACAGACUUCAGUACUGAACCUGGACCCUCAGACACACAAAAGACAGAGGGAAGUGUUUCUGUGGAGGAGCAGCCGUCCUGCUGUUCUUUGUGUCAGGACGUCCUGAAGGAUCCAGUCUCUACCAGCUGUGGACACUGGUUCUGCAGACAGUGCAUCACCUCAUACUGGGACCAGUCUGCUUCAUCAGGAGACUCCACCUGUCCCCAGUGUGGAGAAAGAUCCAGAACAAGAGCUGGACUGCAGACAGUCAGUCAGACUAACACUGCACCAACUGAUAGUGUUCUGCAGGAGGCUUUAGAUGAACAUAAGAUCAGUCUGAGGAGGAGAUGUGAACAUGUGACUGAAGGAAGUGAUGAAACAGGAAGUGAUGAAACAGGAAGUGGAACCCUCCUCAGCAGGAUCUACACUGAGCUCUACAUCACAGAGGGACAGAGUGAAGAGGUUAAUACCCAACAUGAGGUGAGACAGCUAGAGACAGCUUUCAAGAUGGAGACCCUCCAUGACACUCCAAUCAGGUGCUGCGACAUCUUUAAAGCCUCACCUGACCAACAGAGACGCAUCAGAGUGGUUCUGACCAACGGCGUCGCUGGAGUUGGAAAAACCUUCUCGGUGCAGAAGUUCACUCUGGACUGGGCAGAGGGCUCCGAAAACCAAGAUGUCAGUCUGCUGGUUCUGCUGUCGUUCAGGGAGCUGAACCUGAUCAGAGAUGAGCAGUACAGUCUUCUCAGGCUGCUCCAUGUUUUCCAUCCAACAUUACAGAAGGUGACAGCAGAGAAGCUCACUGUCUGUAAACUUCUCUUCAUCUUUGACGGCCUGGAUGAAAGCAGACUUUCACUGGAUUUCAACAACCAUGAGGUCGUGUCUGAUGUCACACAGGAGUCAUCAGUCAGCGUGCUGCUGACAAACCUCAUCCAGCUGCUUCCCUUGGCUCUCGUCUGGAUCACUUCCCGACCUGCAGCGGCCAAUCAGAUCCCUCCUUCAUGUGUCGACAGGGUAACAGAAGUACGAGGCUUCACUGACGUCCAGAAGGAGGAGUACUUCAGGAGGAGGUUCAGUGAUGAAGAUCUGUCCAGCAGAAUCAUCUCACACAUCAAGACCUCCAGGAGCCUCCACAUCAUGUGUCUGAUCCCAGUCUUCUGCUGGAUCACUGCUACAGUUCUGGACCACAUGUUGACUACAGACCAGAGAGGAGAGCUGCCCAAGACCCUGACUGACAUGUACUCACACUUCCUGCUGGUUCAGACAAAGAGGAAGAAGCAGAAGUACGAUGAGGGACGUGAGAAGAGUCCACAGGAGCUGACGGAGGCUGACAGGGAAGUUCUUCUGAAGCUGGGGAGGCUGGCGUUUGAACAUCUGGAGACAGGAAACAUCAUGUUCUACCAAGAAGACCUGGAGCGCUGUGGUCUUAAUGUCACAGAGGCCUCGGUGUACUCAGGAGUUUGUACAGAGAUCUUCAGAAGAGAGAGUGUGAUCUUCCAGAAAACAGUCUACUGCUUUGUUCAUCUGAGCGUUCAGGAGUUUCUGGCUGCAGUCUACAUGUUCCACUGUUUCACCAACAGGAACACAAAGGUCCUGGAGGCUUUUCUUGAAGACUCAAAACCAAAGUCUGUUCUUGAGAAGAUUUCCAAGUUUUUUGAUAGGGGCACUGGUGGCCAGGAGACCCGUUACCCAUCCCUGGAUGACUUCCUGAGGAGAGCCAUGGAGAAAUCCCUUGAAAGUAAAAAUGGUCACCUGGACCUGUUUGUUCGCUUCCUUCAUGGCCUCUCUCUGGAGUCAAACCAGAGACUCUUAGGACGUCUGCUGGGUCGGACAGACAACAGUCCAGAACUCAAGCAGAGAGCCAUCAACAACCUGAAGGAGAUGAACAGAGAUGACGUCUCUCCUGACAGAAGCAUCAACAUCUUCCACUGUCUGAUGGAGAUGAACGACCACUCAGUUCAUCAGGAGAUCCAAGAGUUCCUGAAGUCAGAGAACAGAUCAGAGAAGGAACUCUCUGUGAUCCACUGCUCAGCUCUGGCCUACAUGCUGCAGAUGUCAGAGGAGGUUCUGGAUGAGUUGGACCUGAAGAAGUACAAAACAUCAAAGGAGGGACGACUGAGACUGAUUCCAGCUGUGAGGAACUGCAGGAAGGCUCUACUGUAUAGCUGUGGACUCUCAGAGACUCACUGUGAAGUUGUGGCCUCAGCUCUGAAGUCCAACCCGUCCCAUCUGAGAUUACUGGACCUGAGUGACAACAGCCUGAAGGAUUCAGGAGUGAAGCUACUGUCUGUUGGACUGGAGAGUCAAAACUGUGCGCUAGAGAGUCUGAGAUUGAGAUGCUGCACUUUGUCAGAGAUCAGCUGUGCUUCUCUGGUCUCAGCUCUGAAGUCCAACCCCUCCCAUCUGAGAGAGCUGGACCUGAGUGAAAACAAGCUGCAGGAUUCAGGAGUGAAGCUGCUGUGUGAUUUUCUACAGAGUCCAAACUGUAGACUGGAGACUCUGAGAUUAAUCAGCUGCAGGUUGUCAGAGACCAGCUGUGCUUCUCUGGAGUCCAACACCUCCCACCUGAGGCUGGACCUGAGUAGAAACAACCCUAUGGGAUUCAGGAGUGAAGCUGAGACUGAAGACUGGUGACUCUGAGGUGGAAGGGGGGGUCUCUGUGAGAGAGAUGAGAAAGGUGGAGGUGUUGAGAGGAUCAGCUGUGUCCUGAUGAUCCAGAGAGGUUGAAGCAGCACCAUCAGCUGGUGGGUGGAGAGGCUCUGACUGGGCCGUGUUACUGGGAGGUGGAGUGGAGAGGAGAGCUUCAUCCAGCAGUGACUGACGGACCAAUCACAACAAGUGGAGAUGACUGUCAGUGCUGCAGUGUGAACUGCUCUGAGAUCAGCUCCACUGUCAAACACAAUGUCCAGUCCAGCAUCAUCCCUGUGUUCCUCUGGAUGUGACAGAGUAUCAUCAGUGUAUCUGGACUGCUCUGCUGCUGCUCUGUCCUUCUACACAGUCUCUGCACACACACUGACACUCCUCCACUCCUUCUGCUCCACACUCAGACACCUCCUCCACCUGGACCUCCACCUGGACCUGGAGCUUUAUUCUUUUAUUCACUCACAUAUUCUGAAGACAAAGCGCCUAUGAUGUAAUAUAUGAUGACUUUGUUUUGUUGCUGUAACUGAAGACCAUGAAAGGAAGAACGUGUUGAUUUCACUGAUGUUAUUUAGUAUUUUAUAGUUUUGUAACUUCUCAUAUGUUGGAAAUGUUGUAAAACAAACAGUGUAUAAAUAUUAAACACCAGAGUUUCAUAUUUUGGUGGUAAUGUCUUUUAUUAAUGUUCAAAUUCUGUCUUAAGAUUUUUUUCUAGUAGGAAACAAAUCUGGAUCUGUAGACUCGGUCAGCAAAGUGUCCAAAUGACAGAAUCAAAACCUCCAACAAACGAGCUGCAGAUGUUGUGACUGAGCAGCUCAGUGUGUAGAGACGCUGCCUCUGAGAUUAGAGUUUGUGGGUUUGAUCCUCAGUUUGCUCUGGUUCAGGAAACUGAUCUGGGUUGAGUUUUGAGGGCUGAAGUCCAAAUGAAAGAGUGAAAAGCUCUGAGAGAAAAGGAUUAUUUUUAACUUAACUUUUUUCUAAGAAUGAUGAAUUGUCAGUUUUUAUAGAAUUUUUGCUUUUUCUCCAAGAAAUUUCACUUUUGUCAGUUUUCCUUUGGUUUCAUUUAUUCAUCAUUGACUUUGGGAAUUCUUCCACUUUUCAGAACCUGAAUUGUUACGGAAAUGUUUUGCUCUGUUCAGAAUCUUCACUACUUUUGUAUUUGAUCUGAUUGACAGUUAAUGAUUCAUCAUUACCAUCCCCACCUCUACAUGAUGAUUGUCAAUGUUUAUUUCUGGAGAAAAGACAAAAAGCAGCAGGUCUACAGCAAAUCAUCAAAGUUUAUUUCCUGCACAUUUCAAAGCAAAUCAAAGUAGAAGCUUCUAUGAUGAAUGACAGCCCCAUCAGUUUAGAAACAAACAAAAAGCUAAACAUGAGCUCAGUUCUGUGGCACCAACCGGCUGCUGUGUGUUCACGUCUGGAUCAAGUGUUUCCUGUCCGGCUGUCUGUUGGACUCAACAACACCAACAUGCAGCAGCAGCAGCUCACAUCCAAACUCUGAGCUCAGCUUCUCACAGAACCACUGAAACGACCCAAAUCUGCAGUUCUGGAGCUCUUCAGACCUGCAGAGUGAGUCACCCUCUAGUGGUCAAAUAAAACAAACAGUGCAUAAACCCUGUUAAUCUGUCACUCAAAUAAAUUAGCUCAGUAAUUUAGCUCUCAGGUCAUCAUCCUUCAGCCAGUAUUUACACCAGUGCUUCAGCCACUUCAACAUAUUUUACAAUCUACAGACAAACAAUAGAAAACAUCGACCCAAAUUCACCUUUUGGUAAAUCAUUUGUGAUUCUGUUAAAAAGCUGCGUGAGGAGAGAAGCUGGACGUAAACAAAUGUCCAAACAGAAAAGUAGAAAACAGGCACACGUUGAGGGUUUGGAGAUCGCUCGCUUUCACGUGUUGCUGCUCUCAGGAGAGAAAUGGAACCGUUGAGCUGUUUCAUGAUGAGCCGGCCUGUUGGACGACACUGGAGGGAGAGUCCACAUGGUGACGGCCCUCAGUCCCCAGAACCUGUCAGCACCGGGGUUAAAGGGCAGGUUCGGUCCGACAUCGCUCAGCUGACUGCUCACUUUCCUGUCCACAGAUCUGAUGAUGACGUCUGGAAGUGUGUUCACAGGACCUUCAGUCCUAAAUUAACGCCUUUAAAAGUGAUUGUUUGUCCGUCCUGAACCCAAAGAGAUUUAAUUGGCCAGGAGGAGGAGAGGAUGAUUGGAUGUUCAUUUUUAGGUGAACUGUUCCUUUAAGCUGUUUCCCACCAAAUUCUAAAGUAAUCGUGCACAUUGUGUUUGAAACAAGCGCAGCACAAAACUCUCGGCAGCGUUUUUGCUCCCUCCAUGAUGAACUUCCUGUUUCUGACAAAUCCAUCAGCUCUCAGCUCUGACAGGUGAGUACUUCCUGUUCUCCUCCUCUGUGACCAGCAGCUGAAGAUCUUUGGGUUGUGGACCAAACACUCGUCGACAUCUUCACACAUUUUAUAAAGAGGAACAUCUCGAUACUUGUCAGACGAUCAACAUGAAGAUAACAAUCAUGAGCUGCAGACUUUCUGAGGAGUGUGAAGUCAGUGGUGUGAAUCUGUGACAGCGGGAUCAGACUACGUUCAGAAUCUGUGCAGCCAAAUGAGUGAAUGCAAAGUCGGACGGCAGCGUCAGAGCUCGACAACUACAACCUCAAAACUACACUGAAGAAAAAUCCAGAACAACAAGCAGCCUUUGUUAUCGAGGCUCCAUUACACAGCAGAAAGGCUGCAGCUGAACGUUUCCAGGAGCCCAAAAUGACUCUUCAGAUCGAUGAUCGUUCAGACGCCAAAACUAGUUCAGCUCACUGUCAUUUAAGACCGACACAAUGAGGAAUCAUCAUCUGAGAGGCUGGAACAGUGAUCUCCUUCAUCAACUACUCACUUGAUGUUUGUCUGUCCACUAACUGAUUAACCGAGCGACCAGCUGCUGCAGCGCGACACCAGAUGGGAGGAAACAAACAAGAACACAAGAGAAACUGACUCACAAUGAUCAGAUCAGUUUUCUUUAACACACAAACUCAA